GGGGGCGGGGCCUCCGGGCCGGGCCAAGAUGGCGGCGGCGGCGAAGGCCACCCCCACGGACUCGCUGUCGUUCUGCCUGGAGCAGCUGGCGGGAGCGGCCGGGGGCCCGGAGCCGGCGGGCGACGAGGCCCCCCUGGGCCGCGCGCUCCUGGCGCUGCGCACGCGCCACGUGAAGGCCCAGGGCGGCAUCGAGCGCUUCCGGGCGCGCGGCGGGCUCCGCCCCCUGCUGGCGCUGCUGCGGCGCGCGGCCGCCCAGGGCCCCGCCCCCCCGCCAGCCACGUCCACGGGCGCCGCGGGCCGCGAGACCCACGCGGGCCCCGCCUCUUCCACGACCACGUCGGCCUCCUCGGCCUCGGCCUCGGCGUCGACUACGACGACGACGCCCGCGCGCCUGCGCAGGACGCUCGACUUGGCGCUCAGCAUUCUGGCCAACUGCUGCACUGAGGAGCCUUGCCGGACCGAAGUGCGCAGGCUCGGAGGCAUCCUCUCCCUCGUGAACAUCUUGCAAUGCAUAAGGACCGACAGCAUCCAGAACCGCACAGCCCGAGCCCUGGGGAAUCUGGCCAUGGAGCCUGACUGCUGUGUAGACAUCCACCUGGCUGCCGCCGUGCCCGUCCUGGUGGAGACGCUGACCACCUCUCAGGACCUCCAGUGCCUCCAGAGCGUGGUCCGUGCCCUCCGCAACCUGGCGGACUCGCCCCAGCACCGCCUGGCCUUGGCCCAGCAAGGGGCGGUGCGGCCCCUGGCCGAGCUCCUGGCCACCACCUCGGACCUCCCGCUGACCUGCGCCCUGACCCGGGCCCUCCUGGAGCUGAGCCGGGGCUGCUCCCGGGCCUGCGCCGAGCAGCUGAGCCUCGGGGGAGGCUUAGGCCCGCUGGUCAACCUGGCUACCCACCCCAAGCGGGCCGUGCGGGAGGCGGCUAUCUUGACCCUGGCCAACCUCUGCGCCCAGGGUCUGGUCCGGCCGGCCCUGGGCAACGCGGGGGGCGUGGAGGUGCUGCUGCAGGAACUGCGGCGGAGGCGGGGGCCCGACGGGACGUCCCCAGCCUCCCAGCAGCCCCUGGUGCGGGCCGUCUGCCUCCUGUGUCGGGAGUCCAUUAACCGGCUCCGGCUGCGGGAGGGUGGGGGCCUGGAGCUGCUCAUGUCCCUGCUGAGGGACCCCCGGGCCGGGGCCUCCCACCCUCGGGUGGUGGCCGCCCUGGUCGGCUUCCUGUACGACACGGGGGCCCUGGGCCGGCUCCAGGCUCUGGGCCUGGUCCCGCUGCUGGCCGGGCAGCUUGGGGGCGAGGUGGGGGACGAAGAAGAAGAGGGACGUGAAGCUGCCUCUUGGGAUUUCCCCGAGGAGCGGACGCCUGGGCCUGCCGAGGCCGGGAGCUUCCGGAGUCUCCAGUCUUGGCUUGUCUCCGAAGGCUAUGCCGCCGGCCCCGAGGACAUCUCCCCCGACUGGUCUCCGGAGCACUGCCCUCUGCCCGACUCCUCCGAACCGCCGGCCCUCCCCGCCCGACCCCUUCAGUUUCGUCGCUCCCGCGAGGGCUCCUCCCCGAUCCUUCCCCAGACUCCGACUUGGGCCACAAAGAGCCGAGCGUCUCCCGAUCCCCAGGCUCCCAGCCCCUCCCGGUUGCCCCGGGAGGCCCCCAGCCCCUCCCAGUUGCCCUCGAGCUCUAACCAGUUGCUUCCCAGUGUGUCUCAGGAGAGCGGCAGACCUUCCUGUGACACCCUUAGCCCUCUCCAGGCCCCGCGGCACCCCCCUAGCCUGCCCAGUCCCCCUGCAGAGCCCUCCACCUCACCCAAGGAGGCCAGAAACGUUUCCCAGAAAGCCCCAGGACGGGGCGAAGAACCGUGGGGGAGGGAAGGGCCGGCGCUGCUGCUCCUGUCUCGCUUCUCCCAAGCCCCCGACCCGAGCGGGGCCCUGGUGACUGGGCCGGCGCUCCAGGGGCUGCUGGGCUACGUGACGGGAGCCCCCGGCCCCCCGAACCCCCGGGCCUUGCGCAUCCUGUCCCGCUUGACGUGCAACCCCGCCUGCCUGGAGGCCUUCGUCCGCAGCUACGGAGCCGCCCUGAUCAGGGCCUGGCUGGUCCUGGGCAUCGCCCCCGAGGACUGGGGGCUGCCCUGGACCACAGCCACCGCCAACCCCGGGGGGCGACCGGGCAGCCGGAGGCACAGGGAGCUCGGUGAAAUGCUGCUCCAGAACCUGACCGUCCAGGCCGAGUCGCCCUUCGGGGUGGGCGCCCUCACCCACCUGCUGCUCUCGGGGACCCAGGAAGACCGAGUGGCUUGCGCCUUGACUCUGCCCUUCAUCUGCAAGAAGCCUUCCCUCUGGCGCCGCCUCCUCCUGGACCAGGGUGGCCUGCGGCACCUUCUGACGGCCCUGCCCCGCCCUGUGCCCCAUCCACUCUUCCUCUUCUUUGCAGCCGACUCCCUCUCUUGCCUCCAGCGCUUGGUCUCCGCCUCGUCCAGCCCGUCCUCCCCAGGCCUCCUCUCUCCGGCUCCCGUCCCGCCCGAUCUCCCCUCCCCGGCCUCCGACGCCGCCACCGCCGUAGCCUCCGGUCCUCUGGCCUCCCCUUGCCUCUACCUCCCCGUGACGGGCCCCACGCCCUCCCGCCCGCCGGACCUUCACUUCCUCCUGGACUGCGGGCUCCGCCUGCCUGCUCUCCGGGCCUCGGCCGCGGCCGCCUCCCCCUUCUUCCGCGCCCUGCUGCUGGGGGGCUUCGCUGAGGCGCGGCUGGCCGUGGUCCCCCUGCGGGGGCUGUCGCCGGGGGCGGCCCUCCCCAUCCUCCACCACCUGCACGGUUGCCGGGGCUGCGGCGCCACGGCCCGGGCGGUCCCCCCGGCCGGCGCUCCCCUGGUGGGCUCCGAGGUGGAGGAGGCCCUGGAGGCCGCCGGCCGCUUCCUCCUGCCCGGCCUGGAAGAGGAGCUGGAGGAGGCCGUGGGCCGGGCGCGGCUGGGCCCCCACUCCCCGCCCGAGGCGGCCGGCGAGGUCUUCCGGCUGGGGGGGCCCCGGCUGGCGGCCCGUUGCGCCCUGUGGACGCUGGGGCCCGGGCUGAGCCCCCGGGGGAGGGCCGCGGCCCUGGCGGGGCUGGUCGAGGCCGCGGGGGAGGACGUGGGACCGCUGGCCGAGGCUCUGCUCGGGGCCGUGAACGGGGCCGUCUAGACGGGACCCUGCCCUGGCUGCUCUGGCCUCGAGGUGACACCCUCUAGGUUGAAGGGACUGGGGGACUCUAUAGGACGUCCUCUCCGGGGCCACAGAGGAGUCCGACUUGGCGUUCGCUCGCCGUGCGGGCCGUGAAGCCGGAGCAACGUCCUCGGGGGCGGCGGGAAACGAGGGGGCACCGGGCCUCCUCCCGCGGCGAGGUUCUGUGCGGGUGGGCGAGCGGGCCCCGGUAGAGGAAUGGAGGGGAAAGGGGAGCAUCUCCCUCCUCCUCCAGCAGCUCUGUGUGUCAGGGGCCCGCCCUUCUGCCGAAGCAGGAACAGGAGCCGAGGCCUGUUGGGGGGCAAAGAGGAGAGGUUGGGGUACAGGGGCCGGCCUCAGUCAUCCCAGACUGAGUUGUCCCGGGGCAAGAAGAAGCCGGGGGCUUGGGCGGACUGAUGGGGUGGUUCCCUGGUGGGAGAGACCUUGGGCGGCCAGGAGUUAGCUGUGAAGGUGGGGAAAAACCAGCAAGCGCAGCUUGGGCUAUUAAAGGCUCCCGAGUGUGGUCCUCC